AGUUCUCCUUUAUGGACAACAUACCUGCCGAUUUCUCUCGCGGACAACUCUUUCCUCGUCAGGGUUUGGACUUUUCACAAUACAGAGAUUAUGCUCUAGAUCCCAUCACCGGUAUCAAGUUGCAUCCUCGCGAGGACGGGUGAAUUUCGGAAGGCGACCUUGAAGUAUAUGUCCACGCUUUCCGUAACAACUGGAAAUCUCGGGAGGGUGGAAUAAUGUACUUUGUUGCUGAAUACCGGGAGUUCUGGAAUAUGGUCCUUAAUUAUCAUUCGCCGGCAGGUACUACCGGCGUGAAGGAAUGGAACCAGCUAUUGGCCAAGUUAAAGAAGGACCGCAAUCCUAAGCUAAUCCCGUGUAUGUUCUUCGCCCGGGAAGCUGGAUGUUUGGACCCCAUCUGUCCUUUUCUACACGACGAGGAAGCCUGUAUCCGUGUGCGAGAGGAGGUACUUGAAGCCCGCCGCCAAGAACUUCGGAGACCUACCACUCGCGACCUCACCCAACAGUACCUGGUGGAGUCUACCAGGAUUCGCAGUUCUCGGCCAUCUACUCUGUCCUCGAGGAGUUUCGAUGACCCCGAUCCCGAUAUAGACCGACUUUGGGACGACAACGAUAAUGUGGAGAAAAUCUGUUCCAAUCCACUUUGUCUCAAGGUCCAAUGGAAACAGCCUGCCGCUAGAGUUGACAACCCUUCCAUGAUGCUGUGCUCUCGUUGCAAAGUGACCCACUACUGCUCGCCCGAGUGUCAAAAGAGGGACUGGAAGCGACAUAAGAAGGAACCCUGCCUGCCCUACGAAGAGAUGGUGGAGAACGAUGAUCUGUGGACCAGGUGGGGGACUAGGAAAGGUACCGGUAAUGUCAUGAUUCACGUCGAUGAAGACAUGUAGCGUCUUGCAUUGUAAUGAAUUUGAUGUUUUAUACGGCCAAUUAAUCGCGGACUUGACUUGAAGGUUGGUUGCCCUGCAGUGAAUACGUGCCAAGCGGUCAUUCUACUCCGACACGUCUCAGUCCAAGCCCCUUACAUACAACAAACCGCCACACUGCAG